AUGAUGAGAUCGACUCAUUUGGCUCUCCGAUCUCUGUUGAGAACUAAUGUUCGCUUUUAUAGGAAAAGAGGACCGUCGACCAGCCAUAUAACUGCGUUGAAGAGCAAGAAGCUGCUGCGAGAUGAGAGGAGCUCGAAUCUGAACGGAAAUGGAUUGAAUGAAAUGCAGAAAGGAUUAAGAGGCCUGGAAUUUGAGGAACUUGAUGUUGAAAAAUCCUUAGAAGAUGUCAUGCUUGGCUACUUUGAGCGGGCCAGUUCCACUUUUAAGCGGAGCUCUAGCAAUUUCAAGAGUCUAAAGAAACAGUUGACCGCAGAAGGCGUCACUGACGAUGAUAAAGCCAACGUUCUGUUUAGUUAUUUGCUUCAGGAGGCUAGUUUGGAAAUCAAGCGAUUCGAAACCAUGAAUAAGGAACAGUUGAGGGCUUUGCGCGAAACAAGGAGAGAUGAUAUGCUGCAUGAAAGAGUAGACUCUGAAAAAGAAUUGGAAGCAGGCUUAGUUUCCAGUUUAUUUAUGCCAUCUUCAGAGAAUGAGACUUAUCUUAUGAGCUUGGAUUUGAUAUACGAGAUCUUGACUGACCUCAAUAACAAGAAAAAGCCUAUCGGAUCUAAGGUUUUAUCGAUAGAGCAACUGGUGGAAGCCUUUGAACUAGCAAAGAUUGUACCGAUCGAGGGAAGGCGGAAACGGGGCAUCUUUCUGGCGGGCAAUCUGAUUUAUGCCCGCGGUAACGUCAGGAUGGAUCCAGUCAAUGAGUCUUUCUACAUCGAAUCACUUGUGAAUUAUGGCCUGUACAGAAAAGCAUACAAUCUCUUUGAAACUAAUAGGGAGAAAGUCGAUGAAAGAUGGUGGUACGAAAUGGGGAUGAUGGUAGCAUUGCGGGCAAAUUACUUACAAAAAUUCGAAAGAUUACUGGCUAUGUUAGACGAAAAGUUUCCUGGUUAUCCAUAUGUCAGUCCUAGGAUUUUAAAACUGGCCAUAAAGAAGAAACUAUUUUUAAGAGACUUAGGAAGCGCCAAUGCUCUAACAACAAGACUUUUGGAUAUAGUUACCACCUUUGGCUUGAAUUCCAGUCAAGACAGAGCACAGAAGACGGUUGAUUUUGCUUCAGAAGACGAGGCGGAUAUGUAUCUCAACGAAAGAGAACUACCUACCAGUUAUGAUCUUUUGACUGUUGCAGAUUAUCACCUUUUCAGGAAGAAUUUCAAUACAGCAUACAAAGUUAUGGCAACGUACUUAGAUAAAGUUGGAAAUUCCGAAUUAGGAUACCAGUAUUUCGUGGUACGCAUGAAAUUAAACCUAUUGAGAGAUAUUAAAUCUCUGAAGAGCUCACUCCAGACUCAUAUGUCUCCAGAAAUUGCCGACUUUUGCCUGGAGAAGCUUCAGAAUACUUUUGAUCGCAUUGUGAAAGAGGCCAAUGUUGAUAAUUCGAUGUGUCAGGAUUUGUUGUUUGAUAGCAUAGACUCACUUGUCAAAGAUCCGUUGCUGACCAAAACGGUUGAAGGCCUUAUAGUAUCAUCUUUGAGAGAUAAAGAUUUACUUUCACCCUCCAAGAGCUUCCACAGCGUGCUUAAACUUCUAUUGGCUUCUGGACGAGAAGCAGAUGCAAUGAAAGUGCUCUCCAGUAUGGAACAAGCUUCAAAACAGUGUGGACAACAUAAGGCUGGCUCGAAUGAACACUUCUUCUCCGAAGCAAAUGCUCAUCACUACGCGGAAUUUAUUGAGUAUUAUGCUCUGCAGGCGGUGAGACGUAGGAAACAGCGGGAGGCAUAUCAAAAGAAAGUUUCCCAGAUAUUGGAUAGGAUGAGCUCUCUUGGUGUGCCUUAUAAUUCUGUCUUUCUGAGUAAGCUGCUGAUGUUUUAUAGACAGUCUGAUGAUUUUGAGAACUCUUUCACUUUGAUCAAUCGCAUCCUGGAAGAGAAAAGAGUACAGAGUAACCCUCCAGAUGCGGACAGAACUAGCUUUUACAAUCGUCGCGAUAUAACAAGGGGCUUAUACGCCGAAAUUUGGAAGCUCUGUUCAAGUUAUUACUACGUUUUUGCUCGGGAACUGCAUACUGUCGAGAUGAAAUCGAACUAUGGAGUUUGGAAGGAGAACGCUUCAAAAAUUGUUAAAGCCACUAAAGUACAUCCGAAUUUCUCGAUAAGAACACUGUUCCGCACUAUGGUCAACGAUGAUAAUAUUUUACCUGAUGAGCGUAUGUACUUCACAAUUUUGGUGACUUUCAUGAAGAAAAGAGAUUGGCAGGCCAUCCCCGGUAUCCUGGCAGCAAUGAUAGAGGUACACGGUCUCUCAUUUCCUAAAAACUUAUCGGAUUAUCUGAGGAAAGGAUUGGACAGAGAGCAUAUAAUGCUUGAACGGCGACAGCUUAAGGGCCGGGCUACUCUUGAUCAAUUGACAGGCGCGGAACCUGGCUUUUCUGAUCAGCUACCAAAGAAUAAUUUCGGACCUGAGGGCACAGUUAAAGAGAUCAAUAACUAUAGUAAACUGAUAGAAGACAUUUUGUUGCUGCAGAAACAAAAAUAUCCAGACGAUAAAAAUUUCUUCCUUGUUUCGGAGGCCUUGGAAGAACUGCAGUUCUCGCCUUCGAAUAUGCAAGAAUUGAUAGAUAAUGUACAUAGUAGGGACUCAGUCAUAUAA